AUUAGGCAUAGGGCCCAUUUUCUCCUUUUCUCGUAUUCAUGCAAUUUUUUCCUGAAAGGAGCCGCCACCAUUGAGGAUGAGGAUUUCGGUGCUUCAAAUUAAGGAUGGGGGCUUUACGCUACAUGGUUAGGGGAGAUGAUGACCCUUCUCCGAGGACUCUAUUUCUAUACCUUAAUGGAGAUGCCCCUCUUAUCUCCUGCUGCCAAAGACGCCCCCGAAACCCUCUUGAUCUUCCUGGCUGCCAAAGACGGCAGCAUAGCCCUCUCGACCUUCCUGGCUGCCACAGAAGUUGGAGCUCCGCCACGAAAAGUUCUUCGGCAUCAAUUCAAGUAGCAACAAAACAUGCAUGCAAGUCUCUACAAAAUCAGUGCGUUUCUUCUAUGGUUUUAUUCCAUUUUUUUUAUUGCAAAUACUAUUUGAAAUUGGGAAAAUGGUCCAUGAGCAAGGAGAGAACCGUGGUCAUCUCAUUUGGCUCGAAAUCCAUUUGAUAAAAGAGUUCUCUGGCUUUAUGGGGUUGUUUGUUCUGCGCAUAACUAGAUAUGUGAAUAUUGAAUAGUCAUUAUAAUUUUGGGGCCAUGUGAAUAUUGAAUAGUCAUUAUAAUUUUGGGGCCAUGUAAAUGAUCUAUUUAUGGGGCAUGUACAUGACCUAUUUAUAAAGGCAUGUAAAGGACCUAAUUAUGGGGGCAUGUAAAGUACUUUUUUG